UACAGCACAUUCAAGUACAGUGCACCUGAAAGCACAUUCAAGUACAGUGCACCUGAAAGCACAUUCAAGCGCGGUUCACCUGAAAGUACAUGAACACGAAAUCAAUCCCAGUGCACCCAAGGAACCAUCAAGCACUGCACCUGCCCCUCGCCGAGCGCCUCCCCGCCCAAAAUGGAGCCCGAAAGCAGCCGGAACGACGAGCAGGGAGGGCCACCGCCGGCGCCUCGUGAGUGGCAGAUGGCCCAGUGACUUCCCCAACACCGAGGACUUAAUGAACCGAAAAACUGAUCGCACUAUUGAUUGCGGAUAUUCGGUCAGUCGGCGAGGAUGCAUAUUUCAUUCACAUCCGGCCAUGCACGUCCUGCCAGGCAUGCAAUCGCGGAACGCCUGGCUCGCUAUUGGCUUAUGGCAACGUCAGCCGCCCGUCGACAGAACUAUCAAUUUCCACUGGCAGUUGCUGUAUCAACUGACCUACUUACCCCCCCCCCCUGUCAGUGUCACGGCAAGAAAGUGUUAAGGUCAUUUACUCUUCUCUUGCCAUGUUGCCAUUAUGUGGCUGACAACACCCAACUGCUUAAUCGUCCAUCAUGAAUGCAAGUGGGCAAUCCAAUCUCUAUCAUUAAAAGAUUUUUAACUCUUAUUUCCGGACUUUGUCGUCUGAGCGAUCUGAACUUGAAUAUCAACUAAAGGGAUAUGGGGUAUUGAUACUAAGUUCCUCUCAUUAACUCUGAAAAAAGUUAUGAGGAAAAAGUUUUCUGAUGAACAUCCUACCAUGGUUAACAACAACAUAAUUCCACCAUCUUCACUUAAGCGUUUACAGAUAGUAAAUAAAUGUAUCGCCCACUGUAGGAUCAUCAGCUGAGCCGCCCAUCUGCAUGGCAGGCAAAUCGCGCCGUUGCACCUCAGCCCUAAAUCCUAAAAGUGUACCAAUGGCUAAACAAGUGUAUGGUGCAAGUCGACCCAACAAGUGAUUGAUCAGCCAGCGUGACAAAGUUGCAUGUUGACGCACACGCCCGACUAGGGUCCGUCUGGCGACCAAUGGCAACUAGUCAGUCGUGCUGCCAUAUCACCGUCGCUCCAACUUGCUCAUACAUAUCAUGCAAAUUGCAAAUUCGGCGGACAUCCCGCAUCUCGGCACACAUUUGACUAAGGCUUCCUUCUGGCGUGCAUUACUCGAAACGAUUUUGAUUUCUCUUACCAAAUGACUGAUAUGGAGUGACCCUUUAAUAAGAAAAUUACAGAACAACAACAACAAAAAACAUAACUGGUCCUGUUAACUUCGUUUCCCCCGCCGCAAUUACAGCUCCAAGUAUUUCGGGACUGCGCUCUCCGUCCUGCGCGCUGAUUGGUCCGCCGCGGCCACCAGACGACGCGCCAUGUGACCAACUCGGAGACGUUAGGGCCAGUACGGAAUAUUGAUUGUCAAAUAUAUUUUCCCUUCUUCACCUCUCACUAUAAAUAUAUUAGAUCUAGUAUCUAAGCAACAGAGGAUGUAGGAAAAUGCACUGGCAUGAAGUCGUCUAUAAAGUAAUAGAGAAAUGGACGGAAAGAUUUUCCGGAACAGCCCUACAAAAUUUCAUUAUGAAGUCCAUACCAGACGAAGCCGUGCUCCGAGCGUGGGAUGAAGCUCCGCCCACCCGAUGACGUCAGUGGGAGGGCUGGUAUGCAUUCGUUCACUCACGACCUCAGGAGUAUUCCGCGCUUCCCAUUGGUCGCCAUUAUUACAAACCGACCAAUCAGAACGGAGGGGCUGUGCGCGAGCGAUGAUGGGAAUUUCGCCCGUCUGUUGGCCAGUUUUGCUCGAUCUCUUGUGGAAAGAAUUACUUACUGAGACAUACGCUGGAUUUUACACACUCCUUCGACCUUAUCGUGCAGUUAUAAUGCCUUCCACGCUUAUAUUCUUCUAGACCGACGACGGCAUCAAAUAGAGCUUUAUCUCGGAAGGAGCAAGAGCAGAGGGGCCCACCAAGGGUGAGGGGGUCCAUCUUGUUGCCGAGCAGACUGCAGCCGAGUGGCGGGUCAUGGGUGUGUGUGUUCCUGAGUAGACCAUGAGCGAGGACACGGACGCAGCGACCCAGCAGCACGGCCAGACCUCGGAUAUAGCGCAGCAUCACCAUCCCCAGACCACCACCCUCGUCACCAUGCAGGCCGCACCCGCAGGCCAGCCUAUUGUGCCGCAAGUGUCGCCGCAGGUCGCACAGCAGCAGGGCGUCCCGCAGCCGGGGAUGACGCAGGUGAUGCAGCAGGCGCCGCAGACGGCCCACUCGCCCCACGGGGUCACGACCUCGAUGCCCCCGCAGUCACAACAGUUCUACGUCCAAGCAUCCCUGGCAUCGGGCAUGCAACCUGCACCGCCCGCGAUAGCCCCAGCCCCGGGACCCCAGACGAGCACCACCACGGUGUCGGCGAUCCCCCAGCCCCUGCAGCACCACCUGGCCCCCCAGCCGCUCACGCACCCCGGGGUCUCGCCCUCGCCCAUGCCACAGUUUUCCCCCCAGGUGCAGGUGAUACAGGGUGGCAUACCUGGAGGGCCAUACCUACAGCAGCUGUACCACAAUGCCCAGGGCCAGCUGAUCAUGCCCAGCAACCUCACCCUCCAGACUGCCACGGGCAUGAACGCAACACCCAUCCAGCCCAAUACCCUGAAUGGCUUGAGUCAGCCUAUCCAAAACAUGUUGCCCCAGGUCAUUGCGACAGGAAAGCCGUUCCAAGGGCAGAUUGCUCCUCACAUGCUGACCACUGCUGGCAAGGCUGGAGUCCUGCAAACUGGUGGACAAGGAUACUCCCCCACGGCUAUACCUACAACAGCAAGUCAGACUUUAGUGAUCGGUCAGUUGCCAGUUGGUGUCAUCAGCAGUCAGCAACACAAUAUACUUCCUGCCCAUUCUUCAACCCACAAGCCUACUGACAUGCAGAAACAAGGCAUCACUUGGGCCACUCCAGGUGCCUUACACUCUCCUGCCCUCCUAACUGCUCAGAAUCCGCCUAUUUUCAUCCGUGGACCACAACAGGGACAAGAAAAUGUCUUUAUAUCUAACCCACAACCAGCUAUGCAUGUACCUAAUUCCAUGAUGCCACCUUUAGGGUCAAUGCAGCCAAGCCCACAGAAUCAGAAGCCAAGAGCGGGGAUGGAGAUUCAGCCGAAAACGCCCAACAUGCGCCCAGCGAUCCUUCCUUCCAAUUCUACACAAAUACGACAUGGUUCUUCUGUGUCAACCCAGACUGCCGGCCAACAGCUUGCUCCUGGACACAUGUCUGCACCCAGAGCACAGAAUAAGAUGCGUGGGAAGAAUGCAGCAAAUCGAACGUCCCCAGCCAUGGCAGCCACCCCACAGAUGACGGCUACUCAAGUGAAUCACAGCGUUGCAACAGCCAGUGCAGUUGCUGUGGGGACCGCCAACACUGCAACACAGAUUAUGCAGCAACCCACAGUAUCUCAGGCCCCAAUGUCAACGGUGACCCCCACAUCUAUUACUGCUCCAAAUAAACUCAACACUCAGUCUGCUGCUCCCAUACAAGCUAUCUCCAGUAUGACUCAGGCCAACUUCAACCAUUUCAGGCCUGGCGUCCCCAUGACCCCUCCAACAGCACCUCUCCCUCCAGUGGCACAACCCCCACCGGGCUUACCUCAGUUAGUGAGAGCCCCGCCACCCAAGCCACCUCCAACAUCAGUGGCCAUCCCUCAGGUGUCUGUGGCGCCAUCUCCUCCAGCCCUCAUUUCGAGCGUGGCAAUGCAAGGCACGACUCCCAUUCAGACCUUGACGAGCCAAGCGCCAAUCACUAGCCACGCUCCAAUUCUGGCCCCUGCAGGCAUGCCUCAAAUGCAAGUCACUUCCACAGUGGCUCCAGUUACAACCUCCCUUCAGCCACCAACACUAGCCCCAGCCAUGCCACCUAUUUCCUCCACCCCUCCCACUCUGCAACACAAGCAGCAGGAGGUGAAGGCAGAAAAUAGUCCAGCCAAGAAGCUUAAUACAAUGCCUCCUGUCAGUACAACCACUACAGUGACCGUGACACCUGCCACUCAAGCUGCCCCACAGCCACAGCCACCCCCAACGCCUGCCCCAACACCCACUCCAACUCCAACACAAACCCCAAACCUAACUCCAGUUCAGACUCCCACUCCAACUCCAGCACAAACUCCCACCCCCACUCCUACUCCCACACAAACACCAAUGCCUACUCCAGCACCAACGCCAGCUCUUGUGCCAGCUCCAGUGGCGGCUCUUCCAACUCCAACAGUAAAUGGCACACCAUCCAGUGAAAGCGGGGAAGUAAGAGAUAAGACUCCUCAGCCAACCAUGAAUGGCACUCACCCAGUCACCCCUCAGCCACCAAGCACUGGGCCACCCAAAGCCAUGGUGAAGCCUCAGGUCCUCACACACGUUAUCGAAGGCUUCGUUAUUCAUGAAGCUUCAGAGCCAUUCCCCGUGAGUCGGUCGUCCUUGUUAACCGAGAUCUCCAAGCCACGCCCACCCAACUGCACCAACACAAUGCCAGUGGCUGCCGUCACCUCUUCGUCGGCUCAAGCUCCAAUGGGCGGACAGGCAGAGAAAGAGAACCUGCCAGAUGAUGAAGCUGCCAGAAAAAAGCCUGGAGAACACACAUCCACGUCCCCAAAAGGAGACACAGCCAAGUGUGAAUUCUGCGGAAAGACUGAUUUGCGAUCCAAGUUCAAGAGAUCAAAACGGUUCUGCAGUACAUCUUGUGCGAAGAGGUACAACGUCGGCUGCACCAAGAGAAUUGGCCUGUUCAGAAAUCCAGAAGAGUCUCCCUACAAGCGCAUGAGAGAGGAUGACAGCAUGGAAGAACCUGACCAUGCUCCUCAGCUGGAGGUGGCCGAACCGCAGGACACAGGGAGCGAGAUGGAGGUGGAUGAUGGAACCAUGGCUGUUGAGGGGACUCCCCUGCCGUCCUCAAAGGUAGAAGAAGAAGACGAGUCUGCCAACACAGAAUCUCCAACGAAGUCUCCCAGGGUUGACAUCCUUAGGUGGACGGUCAAGGAUGUUGUCGACUUCAUACAGAAUCUUCCUGGGUGUAAAGAAUAUGCAGAAGACUUUGCGCUUCAAGAGAUUGAUGGCCAGGCGCUGAUGUUAUUGAAGGCAGACCACUUGAUGUCUGCAAUGUCCAUGAAGCUUGGACCCGCCCUCAAAAUAUGUGCAAAGAUUGAGUCAAUGAAAGGUGACAGAAAGGAAACAUAAUGACUGAAUAUAAAAAGUGAAAGAUGAUGGAUCAAGAAAGAGAAAGAAAGAAAGAAAAAAAAGGAUAUAAAGUAUCAACAAAUAUGUUGGGCCAACCUUGAGAAAUAGGAAAUGUAUUUGGGCUGUGUUGUCAUUUCUCUCAUUCUUUCUUGUUUUCUCUCUCUCUUUGUUACCACCCUUUGCUACUCAUUCCUUCCUUCCCUCCCUUUCCUAUCCAUGAAUUUUCCUGUUCCAACACUUUCCAUAAAGAAAAAACUUUGCUCAUCUGUAAGAUCAACUUCCAAGUAAACCAUAAGAAAAUACAUUUUUAAAACUGUUGUUUUAAACAUUGGAACCCAUAUCUAGUGUACAUAUAAUAGUACUUACAGGGAAAGUGAGGAGCGAAAACCAAGUUAAAUAUAAUCGUCUAAACCCUGACUGUGACAUUCUUUGCACUGCCGUUUGUAGGUUAAGGUAUUUUUCACCAACUGAGCGUUUAGAAUUUGAAUGUAAUGUGUUUUUCUAUAGGUGAAUGUGGAUAAGAUAUCUAGAGCUUAUAUCGAGUGUACAAGUGGGAGACAAACUUUGUUUUUUUUUUACCUUUAAUUUAUUUGGGAACGGCCGACUACUGACCACAGCGGAAUUGUACUGACAGUAGUUGCGUCAGGUUAGGGUAAACCAACCAGUGGAGUGGUGCUUGUAUAUUUUCUAAAUAUGGAUCUCAUUAACAUCCUAAUUAAUUAGUCCUACGAAUAGUGUGCAAUCAUGACAAAAAUGUCAACGUAUGGAUGGGCUGUCUGGUUUCCGGCCAUAACAUGCCAGCUCUUGCAACCAAGGCUCAAGCAACAAACAAAAUUUUGUAUCCUGUGAGGCAUUUGUGAUCAAGUAGUUUGGUCUGAAUUAUUAUUAUUUAAUUUUUUUUGUUAGGGAAGUCUAUUCUUAUGAUAUUCGGUCUAAUUUCACUAGUACCUUUUAAUUAAUAUUUAAUUUGAUUUGUAUUCAUUCCUUGUUUUUUAUUCAAGCUGAAGUGCACUAUAUGUAUAUUUCACAUGCUUUUAAAAGUUUUCCUUGUCAGUUACCUGUUCUCCAUGAUGGAAUAUUAGGAGUAUAAAUGUAGUGGCACCUUGUAAAGAGAAAUUCCUUGGUUGCUUCAUUUAUGCAAAAGCACGUAGACAAGCAACUCCCCACUAAUAAGAAGUGGGGAGUUCUUGCAAACUGUAUGUUGUUUCCAAAAACUUGAUUCCUAUAUGUUAUGGUUUUUGUGUGUUUGUACAGCAGAAUGUUUUUGUAAAUUGAUAGAUUUAGAUAUUUAUGGUUGUUGCACUGCCUGUGACACUCCAUUUUGUCAUAUCUUAUAUGAAUAAAACACAUGUAAAGAUA